AUGAGUUCAGCAGAAGUAGAUUCAAAUACAACUUCUGAUUCAAAAUCAGGAUCAACAGCAGCAGCAACAACUACUACAACACAAAAGAAUCCUUCCCGUACUCCCACUUCAUGGGAUGCUGAAGAUGAUAUUCUUUUAAUGCACCUUAAGGACAACCAAAAAUUAGGUUGGAAAGAAAUAGCCAGUCAUUUCAAUAACAGAACACCAAAUGCUUGUCAGUUUAGAUGGAGAAGAUUGAAAUCAGGUAAUUUGAAGAAUCCUCCUAAAUCUGCUGCUGCUUUGGGUGCACAAUUUAAACAAAAUCCAAAUAUGAAUGCAGCAACAAAGAAAAAGAAAGCCACACCAACACCAACAUCAUCAUCCUCAUCAUCAUCGACGACUAAGAAUAAAGAAAAUAAAAAUACCAAUAGUAAUCUUAAUGAUUCAAUAGGAAAUAUUUCUCGAGAAGAUACUGCAAGUCAAACACCAACUAGUAAUAGUACUAGUAAUUUCACAUACAACCCAAUGACAACAGGUACUUUUCAAGGUUUCGACAAUAGUAUUUCAACGGCGUUAGCAGGUCUCAAUGCGUUGUCUAAUUCCCCAUCUUAUAUUUCAGGUUCAUCUCCUCCAACACCAAGAGGUGGAAUGACAUCGCCAAAUAUUAGAGGAUCCAUUUCCGGAACCAGUUUAAGUCACAGGUAUGAGGCAUCCCCUGGAGCAAGUGGAAUUGGUGAUGAUCGUCGUAGGUCAAGUGUUAAUGGUCCUACAUCAAGUAACGGUGGAUAUUAUGUCGAUGUAUCUGUUGAUCCAACUAUGAAUCUCCCACAUAACAAAUCACAUCCAACAACUCCUUCAGCACUUACACCAAGAAAUUCUACUUCAGGAGCAGACAAAGCAUCAAAUCUUGCCACUAAUCAUAGAGCAUCUAUAUCAGGAAUAGCAAGUAUUUCUGCAUUACGCAACAAUUCAAUUAUACAAUUCACAACAGAUGAAAGAGGAUCUAUACUGUCUUUGGGUAGAGCAUCAGUUUCUUCUUUGCCUUCAAAAUCAAUGAAAAUACCUCAUCAUGAACUGGGGAAUACGGCGCUAGCACAUUUACCAGUUUUGUUUGGUGGUACUGGAGGAAGUGUUAGUGGACCUUCAAGAAAUUCAAGUGUAAGUGGAGCAUCUGGAUUACAACAAUCGGCAUUAUCAAGUUUACGUAAUGGAAGUACAGCUAAUUCAACUACUGGAUAUUUCUCACGUUCUGGAUCAGUGGUGAUACCUCAUAAUGCCGAUAAAAAGGAUGAAGAACCUUUGAAAUUUGAUAAAGAACGACUGGAGAUGGAUAAUAAGAAGUUUAAUAAAAUUAGGAGAAAUAUGCCACCAAGUACGGUAUCAAAUAGAACUAAAAGAAAACCAGGUACCCCACAACCUAAACUAGAUAUACCAUGGACAAUGGAAGAAGAUGAAUUAUUGAUUAACAGACGUAAUAGAGAAUUAUCAUUUGCUGAAUUGUCUAUCUUAUUACCUCAACGUACAGAAGGUGAAAUUUGGGCACGUAUAGAUCAUUUGGAGAAGUUGAGAAAUGGAGGUCAUAGAACAGCAAAUUCACGAGAUUCAAGAAGAUUAAGACAAGAAAGUAUAGGACUAGAUGAUAUGGAUGAUCUUUAUGAUGAUGAUGACGAUGAUGAUGUGCUUAGAGUAAGUGAUGAUGACGAUGAUGUAUUAGUUGAUGUUGAUGAUAUGACUCUUCCCAAGAAAAAGAAAAGAAGAAUGAGUUCAGCUGUCAAUCCAUUAUCUGUCAGAAGCACAAUUAGGAAAUAG